AUUAAAAAAAACGUUACUGGUUAAUGGAUAAUUAGCCUAAGCAAAAAGAAUUGAAGAACUGAAGGGAAGGUUUAAGAAAGACCCAAAAAUUGAGUAAACCCUACAAAAUCUUUCCCACCGAUCCAAUCAAAAACUUUAUUCAUUAGCUAAAAGAAAGAAACAAACAUCAUCGAUGGCUGAAACAAAAGAAGGAUCAAGUUCGGAGGUGUCUCUGAAGGAUCAAGGAAACGAGUUUUUUAAGUCCGGCAAGUAUCUCAAAGCUGCUGCACUCUACACUCAAGCCAUCAAAAAAGACCCUUCAAAUCCCACUCUUUAUAGUAACCGUGCUGCAGCAUUGCUGCAAUUGGAUAAGCUUAACAAAGCUCUCGAUGAUGCUGACAUGACUAUUAAAUUAAAGCCCCAAUGGGAAAAGGGACAUUUCCGGAGGGGGUGCAUAUUGGAGGCCUUGAAACGAUAUGAUGAUGCAUUAGCUUCCUUUCAGAUCGCUUCGCAGUAUAACCCACAAAGUCAAGAAGUAUCAAAAAAGAUAAAGAAGAUAAACCAACUAGCGAAAGAUAGCAAGCGAGCUCAAGAAGUGGAGAAUAUGAGAUCAAAUGUUGACAUGGCCAAACAUUUAGAUACAUUGAAACCUGAAUUGUCUGAAAAGUAUGGAUCUGAAGAAAGCUGGAAAGACAAGUUCUCGUUUCUUGUUGAGACCAUGGAAACUGCUGUAAAAUCAUGGCAUGAAACUUCUUCAGUAGAUGCUAGAGUUCACUUUCUCCCUGACAAAGAAAAGACGCAGACCGAUAAGUAUCCCCCAAUUGUGAACAUUGAUAAGGCCUUUGAAACACCAGAAACACACAGCAGCUGCUUUUCAUUUCUUAGGCAGUAUGCCGAGGAGUCUUUCUCCAAAGCAGCCUGCUUAGUGACUGCUAAAAACAUCAUUGCUUAUCCACAGGUCUGGAAAGGCCAAGGAUCAAGGAAAUGGAAACAUGCACAGAAUGAUGGUUUCUUUGUUCAAUUUGAGUCUCCUUCCCUGAGAAAGUUGUGGUUUAUUCCCAGUUCGAUUGAAAAGGGACAGACACUGUGCAGGGAUCCCGAAAUUCUGGACAUUGGUUCUCAUGAAGUUGUUCCUCGCUUAUUCAAAGAAAAGACUUCCCGAUCUUAAUAUACUCUACUCAUUUUUGGCGAAUACUUAUAAAAAUGAUAGGUUCACAGGAAGUUUCAGUGCUUAUGUUUUGUUGUCUCCCUGGAAUGUAACAUAUUGCUGGCAAGAUGUUCUUCAUAUUUUUGUUUUAUUCAUUUGUUUUUAGAAUUAUCUAAGCUUUCAACCAGUUACAUUUUUUUGGCAAUUAUAUUAAGCUUUCAAUGAGUUACAUUUUCUUGGCAAUUAUAAAUUGUUUGAUUGCUCAUAAUCUACUCUAGUAUUGUGGAGAUUGGACAACGGUUUGUUUAUCAUUGCUGAGGCUAGUUUGGAAGCAGUAGAUGUAGAUUGUAUUAUUGUAUCUGAAUUCUGUGGUUAAAUGAAAUGGAGCGGAUUUUUUGUA